AUGAACAGCAGAGACCGUCCCCGUGGGCCUCCGCAGGCACCCCCGCCAAAUCGUGGCCCUGGUCCCCAAUCCGACUCAAACUCCAGCCCCAGCACUAUGACAAGAGGGGUCGCCUUCGAAGAUGAGAAAGUGCGGAUUAUCAAGAGCUGUUAUGCGAAAAAAGACGAAGAUGGCAACCUGCUCGAAUCCUACAUCACCCAUGUCCGCAUCACAGAAGACGCAACACAUCCAUCAAGUCCCUUCCCUCCGAACGGCCCCCCGGAGAAUAGGAAACCUCGUCUCAUUAUAAUAUCGGUGCGAAAGUCAGGCCGAGUCCGUGUACACAAAGCCCGAGAGAAUGCCGAAGGUACUUUCUCCAUUGGAAAGACCUGGAUGCUCGAAGAUUUGUCCGCAAUCCAGUCAUAUGCCUCCUUUGUACCGAGGACGCAGGGUGAGCAGCAGCAGAAGGAAUGGGCUUCCAACUGUGGGUUCACCGUCACCAUUGGAAAACCAUACUACUGGCUUGCGAGAACCUCCAAAGAGAAAGAAUACUUCAUCGGGAGCCUGGUCAAAAUCUAUAGAAAAUACACCAAUGGGAAUAUGCCAACCCUGGUUGGGUUUGAUGAUACGGAACGACAACUGCUGGCAAGACACGGCCAACCGCAGGGCAGGCCCCCAGGGGCCCCAGGUCCUCCGGGGCCCCAGGGCGGUCCGCCCCCAAGGGGCCCUGGCCCAAUGCCCCCGGGAGCCGAAGGUGCGAUGCCGCCGUCACUGCAGCCCUCUUACAGAGGCCGCGAGCCAAGUCGCGAUGUGCCUCCGGAAGUCAGAAGAAAGCCAUCCGAAGACCCCGCUGCGCGGGCUCGAAGCCGAGAUCAGGCGUCCCGGCCGUCGACUGGUUCUCGACCAUCUACCGGGCAUGGUAAACCGGCACCCUCACCCUUUGACUUGCAUAAAUCACCCCCUGCCUCGCUUUCCCCCGCGCCCCCAGAGCAACCGCCGCCCCGCGCACCCGAGCGGAAUGCAGCAAACACAAAGACACCCGUUUCCCUACCAGAAUCUAGGGCCAAAGAGAAGCCUCUUGCCAUUUCUACGAAUCUUGAGCCCAGCUUUACCGGGGUUCCAGAUGGACUCCGGCCAGGGUCUUCUCGCAGCCAGGAGCGUGGUCCCAGAUCUCCAGCUCUUGGUCCCCAUUCAGGUCCAAAUAAGGGUCUAGAAUAUAUGCGCAGCGCCGAUGGGCUUCGGCCAACGACAGCCGGCUCGUCUAACAGUGACAUUCGGGAAACGGGGCCACGCCCGGCGCCUAGCUAUGGCCCCAAAUCGCCUCAACGCGAGGCCGGCGAAAAGGCACCAAGCUUCACCCCGCCGCCUUUGCCACAAGACAGAAGCGUACCCGACAGUCUAUCAGCUGGGGGUGCACCCCAUCAGCGAGAGCCCUCCUCGUCACCGGGUAUCGAGGGUUUGGCCGCAGAGCCUGCCGCUAUGUUCGCUGCGAACAUGCCGACAGAAGAGCCGCCAAAGCCCCCUGAUGCAACUCCGCCUGCCGAGAUUACUUCUCCGGUUGAGCCCUCGUCGCAGGCGUCUCCGGUGUCAACCGAUGAGCCGGGUGAGUUUGAACCUCAUCGCCCUGGCCUCGGGCCUAUGGUCAAGAAAAAGGCCGGCAAGGACAUCGCGGGCGCGUGGAAAAAGGCCGCCACCGCGGCCGGUGCCUUCAAGCCUAGAGCAGGUGGAGCUGGUGAGCGUCUGCUACAAGCCGCCAAAAAGCAACAGGCUGAAGUGGUUGGGCCCGAUGGCAUCACUGGCGUUGUGCCAGCACCUUCUCUCAAUAGGUCGGCGACCGAUCCUCCGCAGAGUCCAGUGGGGGCAAAGCCCGAUCAAGAUCUCCAAUUACCGGCCCCCGUAGUCGCACCUGCACCGACACCUUCGCCGGCAGCUAUACCUAUACCACCUUCAGGGCCGGAAACGCCGACUGUCGAGAUCACCGAACCAGCUCUCGAGGAUAGGCAGGUGGCGCUGGUCGAAACGCCCGAAGUAUCGCAAGAGAACCUCACGGAUGUGGUUGUUAAGGUUGAAGAUCGUUCGAGAACACCAUCCCCUGCCGCCCAAGGACGCCGGCGGAGACACCGUGAAGACCAUACUGUGAAAUACUGCCAAGCCCUCGGUAUUGACCCUCGUGUUCUCGAUGGACGUGGCAUCGAUUUCGAUGAUAUCCUCACCGACUUGGGCUGGAAUGGACGGUUGGCGGAUGAACAGAAGAUUGAAGAUCUCGAAGCAGAUGUUCGCCGUGAAAUCGGCCGUGUCGAAGCAACCAGCUGGCUUGGAAACCUCGAACAACAGGAAGGAAAGGUUGAACAACUCGCGAGCCUAAUUGACCGAACGAUUGAGGAGUGUGAUGAGCUGGAUGGUCUAUUGACCCUUUACUCCCAUGAACUCAACACUCUUCACGAGGAUGUUGCUUAUAUCGAAGCCCAGGGCCAGGGUUUGCAAGUGCAAACAGCAAACCAGAAGCUCCUCCAAAACGAGCUGCAAAAUCUCUUGAAGACGCUCUCAAUCUCAUCAUCCGAGCUUGGUCCUCUGAAAGAGGCUUCUUUGAGUAAUCCCGAUGGGCUCAGGGAUACUGAGAACGCUCUCUCGACGCUGUAUAAGGCCAUGCUCAUGAUUGAUUCUGACAUUGGUCAAAACAAGAGACGCCAGGUCGAUGCAAGCGUUGGUGUAUAUGCAGAUACCGAAAUCGGCCAGAUGCGAGCAAUCAAGCAAAAGAAGGAAGAAUAUCGCUCCACGGCAAUCCUGUUCCUUAACAGGCUGAAGCAGUUCAUGGCUCUCGCUUUCAAAAUGGCAGAGCAAAAGCGUGCGGACGCCGCGGCCAGUAGUGCGAAGGACCAGAUGAAGCUGGACACCGUUGCUCGAGGACAUUUCCGCCAAGAAGUUUGGCGAUACAGUGCCAUCAUGCUUUUCGCCAAGGAGGUCAGUAUGACUGAAUGGCACAGUCUGGUUGGGCUUUAUGAACAGCAGUCCAAGCCUUCAUACCAAAUCGACUUCCGGGAUAACAACGCAGCUUGGAAGAAAACCGCUCGCAAGCCAACGGGCGACGAACAAGAACUACUCUUUACUCACCAAGAGAAAGAGAAAGAGACCGAAGGUCUUACCAUGGCGGCCAGGAAACUCACGGUACGACGAGGCAAGACCGUACGGGCAGCCGCUGGGCUUCGGCUGGCCUCUGGUGGAGAGAAGAAGCAAGGGCGAGUCGAACCCUCUGAGGCGUUCUCUGGCACAUUGCGGGAGACACUGAAGAUGAUGGCCCAGGAGCAAAACUUUGUGAUUCAAUUCUUCCACCUCAACUCCCUUGCUAGUGCUGAGUUCUCUGAUAUCGUCUACUCGACGAUUCCAGAAAAUCGCAAUUGUCCCGAUUUCUCUGCCCCCCAAUCACACGACCCCGAUCGUGGUAUGGCAAAGCGAGUCGAGCAGAUAAUGGAUGAGAUUUACUCCUUCUGGCCGAACGACAUGCAAAGCAUGGUGGACUGGGCCAUGUCCGCCGAUCCUCUGCAGGGCAUUGGAAUCCUCCAUGCCCUAGAAACCUCCAUGGCCGACUUUGACGACACAAACCAAGAAUUCAUCCUUCAUUCUCUCCAAAAGCUUCACUCCCGCCUCAUGGGCCUAUUCAAUCGAUUCGUGGACGAACAGAUCCGCGGCAUUGAAGACACGAAGGUCAAAAUCAACAAGCGCAAGGGUGUUAUCUCCUUCAUGCGCGUGUUCCCCAAUUUCUCCAACGCUGUCGAAAGUAUGCUCUCCUCUCCCUCGGGCUCUUUCUGUGACAUUCGCAUCUGUGUAAACGAUGCGUACGACCGUAUUAACCGUGCCAUGUGGGAGUCCCUCAAGUUCAUCGCCAAAGAAGCCCCGGGCCAACCCCCGGCUGUCGCCGCCGGUGCUGGUGACCCAGAGGAUAAGGAAAUCCUCAACUACCACAUCCUUCUCAUUGAAAACAUGAACCACUACAUCGAGGAAGUGGACGUGCAUAACAUCCCCCCACUGGAGCGCUGGGUGGACCGCGCCCAUCAGGAUUUCCAGGAACACAUGAAGCUCUACUUGGACUCUGUGAUUCAUCGCCCGCUCGGGAAAUUGAUCGACUUCACUCAAAGUGUCGACAAUCUCCUUGCCGCGGGAGGCAACCCGGCGGACAUUGCGGGUCGGGCCAGCCAUUCUCGGAUGGUGGCGAAGAAGGUGCUCUCCGCAUAUGACAACAAGGAAGUCCGCCGCGGGAUCGAGAUGCUCCGGAAGCGGGUGGAGAAACACUUCGGAGAUGCCGAUGAUCCAGGUCUCAGUCGCAGUCUCGUUCUCAAGGUGUUGCGGGAGUGCGAGAAUCGAUACGAGCAAACGUACGAUCGGACGAAACGCAUUAUUGAGACGGUCUACGAGGGACAAUUAGAUCUGGACUGGCGCAAGGAAGACACGCUCAGCAUGUUCCGGAAAUGA